AUGGCAGCCGCAAACCCACAACAACGACAGUUCCAAAAAUUUAGCACUGAAGUGCGACCACCAGUGAUGGUACGACGUGAUGAGCGUAUUUCGACGGUGUGCUCGUUCGAAGAGAUUGCCGAGUCAGAAGAGGAGGAUAUUCAGCCCUCACAGCGAACUCCGCACGAAGGCCGAUCACCAUUUGCUGUCGCUUUCGAAUCGCCUUUCGCCGAACGACGUCCAGCUUCUCCUCAGAGCUUAAGCCCAACCUGUACCAGAAAAUUCGCCGUACCUCGACUAUGUCGUGGGUUUUCCGGCCGAAAUUCGCGUCGAGAAUCAUCAUCUAUGUUUGGAUCCCUGAGUCCAGAUCGACAUGUUGCUGGAUCAGAUUUUUUGACCCUUCCACCGAUCCCCGAGACAGCUUCUUCGUAAUUAAACGAUAAGACGAUUCGAAGAAAUUCUUCCGUAUGCAGCUGGAAUCUGGAAUGAUAUCCAGUAAUCGUUUUUGUUUUCCAUGGGUAAAUCUGGC